AUGGAGACAAAAGUCGAAAAGGCGGCCAGCAAGGGCCCUCUGCCCAGGACAGCAACAUCGGAUGUUCAAAACAGCAGCCCGGGGAAGACCUCCACAAGCUACGUCCGAGGCGCCCUCCUUUCCCUCUUCGCCGCCGCGUCGCUGGCUGCAGUCGGCCUACAGCACACGCGGUACCACCACGCGACCCCUGAUUCACAGACGCACUGCUACAGAAGCGUACAGACGCUGUACAGCGCGCAGCCCGUCGCGCAGUGCUUCACCGUGACCAAUGGCCUAUUCACUGCCGUGGUGACGCAGCAGCAGGAGGAGGAGGAGCUGACCAGCGCGACGGAGCUGAAACGGCGAGGCGAGGACGUCGCCGGCCAUGUGAUCCCGGGCCUCUGGGACGGCCACGGCCACCUGAUUGAGCACGGCGAGAUGCUGGUGCAGGUCGACCUCUUUGGCGCCGCGACGCUCGACGAGGUGCGCGCGCGGCUGCGGGCGCACAUCGAGAAGCAUCCCGAGGCGGGCACCCGUGAGCACUGGCUCCGCGGCAUGGGCUGGGACCAGACCGAUUUCGGGCGCAUGCCCACUGCUGCCGACCUGGAACAGGACCCCGCGCUCCGGGGCCGCUACCUCUUCGUGGACCGCAUCGACGGCCACUGCUCGCUCGUGUCGCAGGCGGUGCUGGAGCUGCUCCCGCGUCCGCUCCCGGACACGGUGCCCGGCGGCGAGAUUGUGCGCGACCCGGGCCCGGGCGUCUUCUGCGACAACGCGCUCGACAUGAUCCUCGCGCGGUACCCGAGGCCCGACGACGCGACGCGGACGGGCUACGUGCGCGCCGCCAUGCGCGCCCUCAACGCCGUCGGCCUCGUCGGCGUGCACAAUGCCGGCACGGACCCGGACAGCGUGCGCCUCCUCGACAGCCUCGCCGGCGACGACGAGUGGACGGUCCGCGUGUACGCGAUGCGCGAGUGCGCGGCGCGCAACACGUUUUGCGCCGCCAACGCGACGACGCUCGCGCGUGACGACGGGCGGCUGCACGUCCGCAGCGUCAAGCUCUUUGCCGAUGGUGCGCUCGGGAGCUGGGGCGCCGCCAUGCUCGAGCCGUACGCCGACGACCCGGCCACCUCUGGCUUCCUCCUCAUCAACGAGACGACGCUCAGCGACCUGACGAGGCAGUGGGCCGCCGCCGGGUUCCAGGUCAACAUCCACGCCAUCGGGGACCGGGCGAACCGCGCCGCCAUUGACGCCUUUGAGGCCGCCCUGCGGCACGAGUGCGGCGGCGGAGGCGGCGACGACCUCGCCGGCUGCGCGCACGACCGUCGCUUCCGGCUGGAGCACGCGCAAAUCAUCGAGCCGGGAGACCAGCAGCGGCUUCGCGGCCUGCGCAUCGUGCCGUCGGUGCAGCCCACGCACGCCACGUCCGACAUGCGGUACGCGGGCGCGCGGCUGGGUGCCCGGCGCACGGCCACCGCAGCGUACCGCAUGCGGUCGUUUCUCGAUCUGCAGCCCGUACUGGGCAGCGACUUUCCCGUGGAGCCCCCCAACCCGUUCCACGGCAUGUACGCGGCCGUGACGCGCAAGAGCCCCGCGACGGGCCGCGGGCGCGAGGGCGCCGAGGACGGGUGGCACCCCGAGGAGACGCUCACGCUGGCGCAGGCGCUCUGGGGGUUCACGGGGGCCCCGGCGUACGCGGCGUUCUUGGAGGGUAGGGCCGGGCAGAUCCGGGAGGGCGCAUAUGCUGACUGGGUGGUCCUGGACGAGCCGCUCGGCGGAGAUGGGUUCGAUGUGGAGAGCUUGCGGACGUUGCGGGUGCGGGAGACGUGGGUGGCUGGCAAGCGCGUGUAUAAGAGAGAUGAUUGA